AUGUCGAUCUUUGCGUGGUGUAGCCGCCGCGCUGGCGGCCUGGCGAUGCUGGCCACCAUUGGGCUUUCAUACAUGGUUAUCUCGAACGAACUGGAAAACCGACGACAUACUUUCAAGUAUGAGACACUCGACAGCCUUAGUGCGCCGCAUCGCGACCCGAAAACCGGUGGCGCUUUGCUCAAGUUAUUUACAUACUACUGCCUACUCAUCCACUUUCUGGUCUUCAUCUUCCCGAUCCGAUCCUGCUGGGCUGUUUUCAACAUCACGAGCAGCCUGAAGAAGGCCGCCCGCACGAGGGCCAUGAGGGACAUCAAGUUCGGUCACCGUCGCCGUGGCUCCUCGACUUCGCUUUCCAGCUCCGAGACGUUGACCUCGUCGCGCGAUAUCAGCUCCACCUCGAGCAGCGAAGCCGGUGAUCUGGACCCCGAUUGCUACGGCGACGGCGAUAUCGCCCCCGAUCGCGUCAUUCAUGCCAUCGUCAUCCCGAACUACAAGGAGGAAAACGACACUCUAAGGGAGACUCUUGAGGUGUUAGCCUCGCACCCGCAAGCGCGCAACACCUACGAUGUUUAUCUUGCAAUGGAGCAGAGAGAGCACAAUGCGGAGGCCAAGGCCAUCAGGUUCACCAAUGAGUUCGCUAAGAAGUUUCGUUCAAUUGACUUCGCGAUCCACCCGUCUGACAUUCCCGGUGAGCUGGCCGGAAAGGGCAGCAACAUGGCAUGGGCUGCGCGGAAGCUCAGCGAAAAGUACAACCUGGGACAGCGGAAAGACGUAAUUGUCACGGGCAUUGAUGCCGACAGCCACCUCUCAUCCAAUUAUUUCGCCAAUGUGACGACCAUGCAUGUGGCCUAUCCCGACCUGGCUACCACGACUCUGUACUCGGCCCCUAUCAUUUUUGACCGCAACGCCCACAACGUCCCUGCUAUCGUCCGGGUCGCUGACGUUCUGUGGUCGGCCGCUGGUAUGUCCGGCUUGUACGAGGGCUCAACCAUUGCCCCGCCCACCUCUGUCUACUCCGUACCUCUCGAGCUGGUCGACCGUGUCGGCGGUUGGGAUUGCGACUCCGAGGCCAUCGGUGAGGAUUUGCACAUGUACCUCAAGUGUUUCUUCGCGCUCAACGGAAACCUCACGGUGCGCACUGUCAUGAGCCCCGUCAGCCAAACCAACGUUACCGGUGGUGGGCGCGGCAAGGGACUUGCUGGCAUCGUUCAGGACGUCAGUGCCCGGUACAAGCAGGCUCAGAGGCACAUGUGGGGUGCUCUCGACACCGGUUACGCCAUCAGGAAGGUUGCCGAAGUCUGGAAGGAGCGGAAGCACACCUCGAGGGCAUUCCGGCCUCUGCAUACAUCCAUGAACGACGAAUCAGACAACUACGUUCCGGAAUCGCAAAUCGACGGUGUGGAUGCCGAAGCCGUCCCCGAGAGUGGCAUCUUUUCCGACGUUGUGACCGACACUCUGAAAGGACCCAACUGGGAACGCAUCAUCAUCUUGGGCCAUCGUCUGUUCGAAGCCCACUUCCUGCCGGUUCAAAUGACCAUCUUGAUUGUCGCCUCAACUCUCUACAUGUGGGCUGCCGACGGCACCGGCGACGUGCACGGAGUUGCCUGGGUCUACACCAUCUGCAACGUUCUCCGGACUCUCGGUUUCAUGGAGGUCGCCUUCUACCUCUUCCUGUACGAGCGCUUCCACAAGAUCUGCGUUGAGUCUCGCGAGAAGGAGAUGGGCGACGCCGGUCUGUUGAAGGGCAUGCAUUUCUCUCGGAGAGAAGUCAAGACCAACUACAUCGACUACGUCAUGGUGCCGCUUGUCGCGCCAAUCUUUGGUUCCAUUCCAUGCGCGCAAGCGCAAAUAUGCCACUUCUGGACGCUGGACUUGGUAUACACCGUCAGCAAGAAGGUUACCCGACGGAGAGCGAAGUCGGUAACAGUCGAUGCGUUGGUAUAA